AUGGCUAGUAACCCUUUUAGCCCUUAUUGGGAUGACAUAGAGGGGAACAUGACUUCUGCCCACAAAGAACAGCAAACCGAGUAUUUGGAGGAUUUAUAUGGUGUAGGUCGUUCCUCAGUAAAUAAUUAUUCUCGUGGUUAUUUAGCAGCAAAAGAAAAGGAGACAGUAAAUAAGGCAGGGAUGGAGACAGGACAGCGCAUGCAAGGAAUGUCUCUUUAUUAUGCAUGGAGGGAGACACCUGUCUCCUUUGAUUUAUUAUUAUUAAUUAAGGAAGGAAUUAUUAGUCAAUAUAUUGAGCCUAUACUUACCCCUAAAUCCUUCAAGCUUAAUAUACUAGGCAAAACGGUCCUGGAGGAUCAUUUUGUUUAUACAAUGGAUGCAUCUGCUGGACCUAAUUGGACAAUGACAGAAGCUGCAACAAAACACAAGCCAAUUCCUCGUGAGGAAUUAGAGGCCCUCUUAUCUAAGGCCGUCCCUGUCCCCUCUAAGACGGCUCUCCUAGAUGGCCCUACAGCCCUCAGCAGCAGCAGCAGCAGCAGCAGCAGCAGCAGCAGUGCAACAGUACCUCAUCCCCAUACAGGCCUACCUAUACCACGAGGGUUUGUUAUACAGGAAGUAUUCAAGGAAUUACCUGACACUAUUAAUGAUAUUAAUGAGCUGUCUGUACACCCCGCUAUACAAUUCAACUUCCAUAAGGCAAGAAGCUCGAGGGGUAUGUGGGGGUCUUGCUUUGUAUCCAUCUAG